UAGACAUUACUGAACGGCACUGCGCAUGCGCAAACCUGACCGUUGGGAAAGUAAAAAUGGCGGCAUGAUUUGAAGAUUUUUCUGACGUUUUCAAUCUGCAGUCAUCCAUCUACUGCGAAUGUGUCACCUGCACAAGCUUCACCAUGGGCAAGACUGCGGUAGAGCGCCAGCGAGAGAGGCGGUUGCGGUUGAAACAAGAUGUCAGAGAAUAUAAUAAAUACAAAAAACGAGAUAGAGAAAGGAAAAACGCUGCCCGGAAAAACUUAACACCAGGUGAACUAAAGAAAUUGAGAGAAAGGACCUUAACAGCAGUGAAGAAAUAUCGUGCUGGUGAUGUCACUGACGGUACACAACAGCUACAAUGCUACAAAUAUGGAACUAGUGCAUCAAUAAAUAAAGCUAAAUCGCGGGUGUUAAAAGCCUUACCAAAAAGCCUAAGGAAACGUGCAACUGUCCUUAAAGCACUCGCUUGCGACAUCUUAGAUGUACAUGUGGUUAACCAGCCAAGCCGCAUACUACCCCAAGAAACAGUAGACACAGUCCUGGCGUUCUACCAGAACGAUGCAUUUUCCCGUGUGAUGCCAGGAAAGGCUGACUGUAUAACUAUUAAGAAUUCAAAUGGUGAAAAAAUUAAAAAGCAGAAAAGACAUUUGACAAUGACUUUAUCUGAGGCGUAUUGUUGUUUCAAAGCUGACCAUCCACAAAUCAACAUCGGAAAAUCAAAGUUCGCUAAAUUAAGUCCGAAGUGGGUCUUUUUGUCAUCACAAAUGCCCCAUAACGUGUGUGGCUGCAGAUAUCACGAGAAUGUCUUUCUUCUUGAAGACUCCACCUUCAAAUGGUAUCAAUGGGUAGAAGAAAAUGGUUUCUUGCAAAAGGCAAUGACAACAGAUGCAUUCGAUGAGCUUGCCGGUCAACUCCCGAAAUUCUUCUGGCACUAGUUCAUCAAAGAGAAGCAAGCCACUUCCUACAAUGACUCGAAAUUGAAGGCCAUGGAAUCAGAUAGCAACAGAUGCCUACUUCAAAUGGACUGUGCAGAGAAUUUCACUUGCACAUGGCAGGAUGAAAUUCAAAGCGCGCACUGGAAGCAAAGGCAAGUUACUGUCUACACAGUUAUGGUGUACCACCGUAGACAAAAUCGGUCAUAUGUGAUAGUGAGCGACUACCAUGAGCACGAAAAGUCUGCUGUGACUGCAUUCACCUCCCAGAUCAUGGACGUGAUCAAGUCCGAAAUGCCUAGUGUUGAGGUGGUUGACGUUUGGACAGAUGGACCGUCAAGCCAAUACAAAAACAAAUACAUUUUCACACUUCUCUUCAAACUCCAGAAACACCAUGGGUUGCAAAUACAGUGGAACUAUUUCACUACGUCACACGGAAAAGGUCCGAAUGACGCACUCGGAGGUAAUGUGAAAAGAAUGGCACAUCGCUCGACAAUGGUCAGAACUGUCAUCGUCAAUAAAGCAGAAACCCUUGCCACUGCAGUCAGAUCCUGCGAAACAAAUAUCCAUGUACACGUCAUGGAUGAAGUAGCAAUCCAGCAGAAGUGUCAAGAUGUUGGUACCGAAGUCCUCUGGAAUGGUCUAUAAACAUUCCAAGGAACAAUUACAACACAUUUCUUGAAACCUCUUGACAAGGACACCAUCCAAUUGAAAUUUUACACAAGUGCUGACGAAUACCGCAAUCUUCCUGUUCGUCAUAAUCUGCAGAAUCCCGUCGCAGGUCCAAGUGCCACGCCCAUUGUCACCGCUGCUAAGCAAGUGAGACCUCAACCUGUCGCAGGUCCAAGUUUCAUCAAAAAUUCGAAAAAACCGAAGUCAUUAAAUCCCACACCAGCACCUAAACAUCCUAAAAUCAGAAAGGAGCUGAUGAUGCCAAUAGCGACGAUUUAUGCGGGUACCGAGGCCAUUACUAUGGCUCUGUAUCAGACCCAAAAUCAACGGACGAAUGGAUUGAAUGUCAAAAAUGCCGCAUUUGGGUACACGGCGAAGACUGGGGGGGGGGUAAUAGAUGAUGAUGAAUGUUAUACUUGCUUACCCUAUCUUUAAACGGUCUUGGUGGACUCGUUGUUUUUGUCAGUUCUGUGUGUGUGUUAUCCCUGUGACCACCAUCCAAACCUCGGUGGCUUGUGGAACAUUCACAACAAUGCCUAUAGUUGAGGACUAGUAUCCGUUAGUACUGUAGAAUCGGCCAGGAGCCGUUGUGACUUUCUAUAUGGCAGCACCUACAUUUUAAUAUGAAAAACCACUACAUAAAUUGAAAGUGCUGCCAUCUGGAAAGUUGCAACGGCUCCUGACCGAUUCUACAGUAUACUAAUAUUAUUGGUGACGACCACUUUCAUGUUGAAGCUUAGGAUCAGUUGAAUAUUUCUUUGUUGAGUUUGUCUGAGGACCAUACUGUCUGAGCUGUUUUCGUGUUAAAGCUGCAUGAGGUUCAGUUUUUCUUGUUGAGUAUUAAGCCUUGUUGAAGGUGAGAACAGUUGGCACAAUUCCACGUGUCGCAUGUACAUGUAGGUAGGCCUACCGUCAUGAGAUGCCCAUUGGCCAGUGUUGAUCUCAUGUCCUGGUGUCAAAUUGUUAACUGUGUUUUUAUUUUAAAUAAAAGAUUGAGAAUCAUAGUUUGUUUUAAUGGUAAAUAUAUUGAUAUGACGGAAUUACAGUGGGUAAGGGAGUUAUUAAUCUAUGAAAGGUAAAGGUAUUUUGAUAUCCAAGUACAACCGAGAC